AUGGGCUUCCUUGGAGCAGUGUUUAACCAUGAACUGGUCCUGCCAGAAUACGUUGCUGAGUUGGAGUAUGCUACACUGGUACAAACUUUACCAGUGUUUUUUACAUGCAAUAUAAUUACAGAGGGUGGAAAGAGGAGCGCAGAAAGAUUUAUUCUGUCUCAUGAUUUGCAACGUGAUGAUAUCUUGAACAUGGAACCAACAGGAAAGGUGAGGCCUAGGAUAUCUUGCUUAAAUGAAAAAGCUCAAUACUUUCAGUGGCUGAGGCAAAUAUUUAGUCAGGCACAGGUUUUGAAUUUGGAUGGGAACAACCUGAGCAUGCUGCUGAACAUCAAUAGACUUAAACAGCUCAAAAAACUUAUCAUCACCUCUAAUGAAUUUUCUUCCUUAAAUAAUAUUUAUGACCUGCCCAGCUGGGAAUAUUUUGAUUUGAGCCAUAACGUGAUCACUUUUGAGGGCAUUAGAGGCUUAAGCAAACCGCAGGUCUUCAACCUGGGCUAGAAUCAGCUGAAAAAAUCCAGUUAAGAUAUAAACAUCCUACAUAAACAUACGCUUAGUCCUGACAUCCCAGAUGUCCCGUGGCAUAAGCCAGCCUCAUUUCAGCUGGGUGUCAUUGGCCAAUUAAAGGCUCUCACUAACCUGGAUGGAGUCCUGACUGCUAAUGAAGAAGCUGCAGAAGUGUUACAAUAUCUUGCAGGAUCGAAGAUGACCGAGUUGUCUCUGUUAGAAUAUUCUAGGGCUGAUGAAGAAAAAACUCCCAUUUUCAGUGUAUUUCCCUUCACUAAAAUUCUGUCUCAAAUUUGCAAGAACAGGGUGGAUUCGCAGAUGCAUUGUUAUAACUGGUAUUCAUUUCUUUCAAUUCUGAGUUUAACUACCAAUCACUGUCUUAAAUCUGGAUAACCAACACUCUUCAAAAUUUCCAACUUGGAAAAACUGGAACAUUUAAGAUGGGCAUCAUUUAGCAACAACUGUCUCACACAAAUAGAAGGAAUAGAGUCUUGUUUUAACCUCAAAGAACUCACAUUAGAUGAAAACUACAUUUCAACACUAGAUGGUACUAUAUUUACUACAGUAGUGAUAAUGCAGGCUGUUAAACUGAGAGACAGUAGAAACAUUUCUGCUGUGCCUUUUAAGGUCUUCCUGUUGCAAACUCUCCAGAGGAUUCUGGAUUUGCCGCACUGCCAGCAAACCUCACAUUAUCCUCUCAGAAUAACAAAUGGGAAUCUGAAUGAAAACAUCAGCCAUUCAUUUGGCUCUGAUCUUACAUUCGAGGAAUCUCUACUGAUUAAAUCAAAUGACAGUAAGCAUAAACAGGAUUACUUAUUCCUGAAUGCUUAA